CCACGAUUUCUUAGAAGAAAUUUAUCAUAUUUACAACAAAAGCCUAGUAAAAAGCUAACAAAAAAGUCUAAAAAUGUACAAGAGAGAAAGGGGAUUACAUUUGACGAAUUGUUCGAAUAUCGUGAAAAAGAGGAACAAUUUCUUUCCACUAGCCGAAUCAAACGUGCACUUCAACUUACUUUUGAAGGAUUAGUCGUUCAUGCCAACCACGUGCCAGAAGAAGAACCUCAUCUCCAUAUAGAAUGCGAGAUUACUCUUUAUAAAAUCAAAAGGGACCAUUCAAGGAAACGUAGGGCAAAUAAUGGGAAAUGGGACUCGUGUGAAUAUAGACAAAUUUUCCGUACCAUCAUUCAGAUGAUUUACGGCGAGGGUGGUUGCUAUGUCAAAGAUCUUAAGUCACUUCAGCCUUAUGUUACAAGUUUUGAUGAUACAGGAGAGCCCGUUCAGGAUAUAAUCCUCAAUUUUCGCGUUUAUGCCAUCAAUAGCCAGACGUGGCCUCCAUAUACGACCCUGUCAUCAUCUCAAAUACCGGUAGGUAAUGAGUACGGAAAGCUAAACUCUGCAUACAACCUUGGGGAUUGUUCUAAUACGCGUCGAGCUCUGUGUAACCAAUUGGGAGUUAUUGAGAAUGGAAAAUUUAUCAAGGAUGGACAAUAUGAUUUGAAUUUGAGGCUGACGCAUGAACAAGAAUCCAUAAUAUCUUCUGAUUGGAAGAUACGUUUUACUCUUUAUUGGGAUUGCAAAGUACAUCUUCCACUGAGACCUAUAGAGACUAGUCCAUUAGCAGUUUCUAAUAUACACCAUGACGAAUUACCAGUAACCUAUAUAUAUCGUGUAGCUGAUUGUCAGUUGACCCAAGUUGUUAAAGGGUUUCGAUGUCCAUGGUGUUCUCAUCUUCGUUUUAAAGAUAGUGGGAGCAUGAUGAUUCAUCUUCGUUGUAAUCAUAUUCAUCUAAAGUUCGGAACAAAGAUUGGCAGACAAUUACCGAGCGAUCGUAUUAUAAUCGUGAGUUCAAACGAAGAUUUUUCAGAAUUUGAUUAUUUCAUAAUUGACAAGAAGGAUGGUAGUUGGACUGUAAAGCCAUUCAUAUAUCCGCUCAAAAGGCUUCAGUCUACUUCGCAAGCUUCACCUGCGUUAUUACCUACCAAUAAUUUUUAUCAUUCUCAUACGUUCAUGCCAUUCAAAGAUGGUGAUGUUGAUUCCGAAGACGAAAUUUGUACGCAUUGGUUAGAACAGCUAAAUGAUGAGACUCUGGAUGAACUUUCUGAUGUGAGUGAUAAAGGAAAGCAAAUGAUGAAAAUUUGGAAUAGAUAUAUAGAGCCACAAAGGGGACUUGCCGAUCGUAAUCUCCCUGAUGUAUGUCUCCAGUUCGCCAAGACACGCGCUCGUCAAAUUGCUGAAUUAGAACUGAGAAAUGAAUUCGCAUUUCACUUACUCAAUAUCUUGGAAUUUAAAUUGAUUGAUAGUGCAUGUGUCACUAGAUGUUUAGGAUUUGUAGAUAAAGUCACUAACAAGAAAGUUUCUUGCUUGAAUUGA